UGAAGUUAAAACUCAAACUUUUUGCAUUUGGAAUUUGUAUUUACAAUUAACGCAAAGAAAAUUAUAUGAAAAUUAUGGAUACAUUUACAAAAAGAUAUAAACGUAAAUGCAAACACAAAUGAGGUAAAAAAAAAACUGAUCUUGAUUUCAAUAGAACAGCAGAACAAAACAAAACAGAGUACGACGGAGAGAUUACCUCAAAAGUACGGCUUUAUAUAGUCUUUGACUCUGUGUGUCUGUGAGAGAGAGAGAGAGAGAGAGAGGGAGAGAGAGAACCUGUUAUGGCUCAAAAAUUCAAAGACACGAGACAAAUCGAGAGUGUUGUACACGGCCUUGAAAAAAAAACUAUCUCCAAAGUUGCUAUUUUUUUCUUGUGUCAUCAGAAAUCGUGUGGUGUUGACGUGGUUUCAUUGUGAAAGCUCGCGACUUUGGAUCGAGUCGCUUACGCCCAAAUGAUCUCAGCGUGGUGAAGCACAAUUACUUUUAGAAGAUUUGUUUUGUUUUUCUUUAUUCCCUUCAGCUAUAGUGUCAUUGAUUGGCGACAACAUUUGACCGCUUCUUCAAUACGGAAAGCACUGAUUGUGUUCGACGAAAUGACUGACCGAGAAUUUUGACUUCAUAUGUGCCUACAAACUUACUCAAGAGAUCCUCAAAUUAGUUUGUGUGAGAAAAUGAUAUUUUGGAGGAAAUAUUUCCAGAAAUGCAAAGCUUUGUAGCAUCCAGGUAACUUCUGCAUAUGGGCCCUGUUUCUUUUUUUGCGUUAACCUCUUUCAUGGAAUGUGACGAGUGUGAAAAAUGAAAAGUAUAUUUUUAUUUCAGGAGAGAAAGUUGAUUUCUAGUUAGACUUAAUGCAAUUGGUGUAUUAUUUAUUCUGUUUAAUUAUAGAAAGCAACUUAGGAUCGAUGAUUGAUAGUGACACAUUAAUGCACCAGCGGGUAAAGAAGAGAACUUUGAAAUGGUCAAUUAUUGUGAUCUAAUAUCUGGUCAACUUUAGGUGUCUUAAGUAGCAGAACACCCAUUAGUUUCUAUGUUUAUAGAUGAAACUAAAAGAGGAUUGUUCUCUCAAUUCUUUGGCUUCACCAAAAUUAUUUUUUUGAUCCUCAAAUCUUAAGAUGGGUAUAGUUGCAUGUUUGCUCUUGAUAGCAACCAUGUUCUCAAGCUGUGGCUAUGCAGCUAUAACCACAUCAAGUCCUUUGUCCGUAGGGCAAACUCUGAGCUCUCCUGAUGGAUCUUUUGAGCUAGGCUUCUUCAGUACCAACAAUUCUCGGAAUCAGUAUGUUGGAAUCUGGUUCCAGAAAGUCACUCCUCGGGUUGUUGUUUGGGUGGCAAACAGAGAAAAGCCAGUCUCGAGUCCCACGGCGAAUCUCACAAUCAGCAGCAACGGAAGUCUUAUCUUGCUUGAUGGCGAGCAGGAUCCUGUGUGGUCAUCUGGAGGAGAUCUUACAUCUAACAAGUGUCGUGCUGAGCUUUUAGACACCGGAAAUCUUGUCCUCAUGGAUAAUGUUACUGGAAAGUAUUUGUGGCAGAGCUUUGAGCAUCUUGGUGAUACUAUGCUACCACUCACAUCUCUGAUGUACGACACUCCUAACAACAAGAAACGUGUGUUGACUUCCUGGAAAAGCGAGACUGAUCCGUCACCUGGGGAAUUUGUAGCUGAGAUUACACCACAAGUGCCAUCGCAAGGCAUUAUAUGGAAAGGCUCGUCACCCUACUGGAGAAGCGGACCAUGGGCGGGAACAAGGUUCACUGGGAUACCAGAAAUGGAUGAAUCAUAUAUAAAUCCAUUGGGAAUGGUCCAAGAUGUAGCCAACGGCACAGGAGUCUUUGCGUUUUGUGUACUGAGAAAUUUCAAUUUGUCAUCCAUCAAGCUGACAUCAGAGGGAUCAUUGAGGAUUCAACGGUAUAAUGGAACCAGUUGGAUCAAGCACUUUGAGGGUCCGGUAAGCUCAUGUGAUAUGUAUGGUACAUGUGGACCUUUUGGUCUGUGUGUGAGGUCCGCUACUCCGAUGUGCCAAUGUCUAAAAGGGUUCGAGCCAAAGUCAGAUGAGGAGUGGAGAAGCGGGAACUGGAGUCGUGGGUGUGUGAGACGCACAGACUUAUCUUGUCAAGAAAGCUCUUCUGCGGAAACGCAGGGCAAAGAUAGAGACGUCUUCUAUCAUGUUUCCAACAUAAAGCCUCCAGAUUCUUACGAGUUAGCAAGCUUUAGCAGUGAAGAACAAUGCCACCAAGGCUGUCUCAGGAACUGUUCCUGCACAGCCUUUUCCUUUAUCAAAGGAAUAGGAUGUUUGCUGUGGAACCGGGAGCUAUUGGACACGGUGAAGUUUGCUUCUGGAGGAGAGACUCUUUCCCUUCGCCUUGCACAAUCUGAAUUGAGUGGAAGCAAACGAAUCAAGGUUAUCACUAUUGGCACUCUCAGCUUCUCUGUUUCAUUGAUCUUGGUGCUUGCCGCAUAUGGGUGUUGGAGAUACAGAGUGAAACGAAAUGGCUCAAAAAUUGUAUCCAAAGACAAUUUAGAAGGCGCUUGGAAGAAUGAUUUGCAAUCACAAGAUGUCUCAGGUAUAAGUUUCUUGGAGAUUCAUACCCUACAAACCGCCACAGACAAUUUCAGCGUGUCAAAUAAACUCGGCCAGGGUGGGUUCGGUACGGUUUAUAAGGCAUGGGAAUCUUGGAGCGAAACUGGGGGAGUGAAUCUACUGGAUGAAGAUCUUGCUGAUUCUGAUUCAGUUAAUUCAGUUGAAGCAGGGAGAUGUGUUCACAUUGGUUUGCUCUGUGUCCAACAUCAAGCUGUUGAUAGACCAAACAUCAAACAAGUUGUGUCAAUGCUGACUUCAACAACUGAUCUUCCUAAGCCAACACAACCAAUGUUUGUAUUGGACACAAGCGAUGAGGAUUCGUCUCUGUCCCAACACUCUAAUGAUUCCAAGGACCUAAAUGUUUCCUAUUAAAUACUGUUCAAAUCUGAUUCUUUCACUUGGACUUGCCAUGUGUUGUUCAGGAUUGUGAAAUAAACUAAGAGUGAUGUAAAGGUUAUUGUAAAUUUUACAUUAUGACUUUAGAUUUAUUGUAAAGGCUUUAAAGGAGGGAAGAGCUGAAAUGCCAUUUUCACAAAAAAAUUGGAUCUAUGCUGUUAUCAGAUAAUUUAAUGUCACUUUUUCAUUUAAAUGAGAUGUG